AUGUUAUGUAUGCUUCUUAGGUUACAGAGAGGCAAGAAGCAACCGAUAGAGAAUGGCAGUGGAGCAGAAGACAACGGCGACAGCUCGCAUUGUAGUAAUGCUUCAACUCACAGUAAUCAAGAAGCUGGGCCAAGUAACAAAAGGACAAAAACCUCCGAUGAUUCUGGGCUAGAAUUGGAUAAUAAUAAUACGACAGUUGCCAUAGACCCAGUAUUGGAUGGUGCAAGUGAAAUAGAACUAGUUUUCCGACCCCAUCCGACACUAAUGGAAAAUGAUGACAGUGCACAGACAAGGUACAUAAAGACCUCUGGCAAUGCCACAGUUGAUCACUUGUCCAAGUACCUAGCUGUGAGAUUGGCCUUGGAAGAGCUCCGAAGCAAAGGAGAGUCAAAUCAGAUGAAUCUUGAAACAGCCAGUGAGAAGCAGUACACAAUUUAUAUUGCUACAGCUAAUGGCCAGUUUACUGUUUUAAAUGGCUCCUUUUCCUUGGAGCUGGUCAGUGAAAAGUACUGGAAAGUGAAUAAGCCCAUGGAGCUGUACUAUGCACCAACAAAGGAACACAAAUAAGACUGACAAAGGCUUUGAGUUGGAACUGUAAUGGCUUUUAUAGCUUUGGUUUACUUUAAAUAAGCGAAACACCAUCUUCUGCAUCGUGGAGAACUGCUUCGAGACUUGGAUUCCUUGAUGAAUACCCUUAUUAUUAGGCAGUAUUUGGUCUGAUAUUUGUAUAUAUUUCCCUGCCCCCUGGAGGACUGAAUGAUCUGUACAUUCCACCAUUGCUGUCCAAUCUGCUUUUUUGAUUUGGUAGCUCUUGUUCCAUGUGCACGAUCUUAGGUGCAGUAAAGAUUCCCUAGGGAUAUGUGUUCAUGCUGACAGGCUUCACAUUGGCAGACAUGUACUAGCACCUUGAGAAGUGUUGACAAGAGGCAACAGAGUUGGCUGUAACGUACUCUUUUCCCUACAGCAAUGUUAAAGCACAUAUGGCCAGAGUAGGCUUGCUGAUAAACUGGCUACCUGUGAUGCUAAAGGAACUGCUGAUGCUGGGGGCCAGAAGGGAUAUUCACGGCAGUAAGUGAACUCUUACACAUUGUUCGUGCAAUGAGUUGUUCCAUUUCUUAAAUUUAAAAUAGCUACUUGUAACACCAGCUGUUUCCACAUAGGCAGCAAACCAGGGAAUGUGUACUUUCCCAUCAGCCCGGGUGCAAUUCUUCUUUCUCUGCCUUUCUUAAGUUAGGGUAAUCAGAAACACACUUCACAUUAAGAGAACCAUAGUUAACUUUAACAAAGGUUAAUUUUGGUGUUAAUGUACUGAUUAACAGUUCAGGAGUGAGGGGGGGGGACUGUAGAUUUCUGAGGCUGGCUCACAAUUCCACUGUGCUGUGUGAGGCUAGUGUUAUAAUAUAUGCAUUGGCCUGUUAGGGGGAAAACCAUGAGUACUGAUACAUUUUAGAACUAGAAACCCUUGCUACUAGCUCAGGUGGUUUCAAUAUGAAGUAACUAACUAAAGUAAGGCAAACAUCCCUCUAUACCCGCACACCUUAUAAAUAUGUGGGAUUAUUGAUGUGGAAUCUUCAGUGUUUUAAAGUAAAAGGCACAAAAUCUUUUGCAGAACAAUGAGAGAGAAAGUUCUUCAAAAAUAUUAUUUAUUAGCCAUAUUAACAACACUUGGCACUUACAAUCUUAAUAAAUAAAACGUAUUUGCAUUUUUAAAUUUCACUUGGGCAUGCUUUCAGUUGUUGGUUGCUGUGUGCAUCAGUAGUUUAUCAUUUUGAGCAUAAUUAUCAUAAACAGUGGUACCUCCGGUUAAGAAUUUAAUUUGUUUCGGAGGUCCUUUCUCAACCCAAAACCGCUCGUAACAUGAGGUGCGCUUUCACUAAUGGUGCCUGUCAGUGCGCGACUUCCGCUCACAUCCCGGGGCAAAAGUCGCAACCGGGAGCAUCUACUUCCGGAUUAGCGCAGCUCGUAACACGCAGCGUUCACAAGGGGGAUGAUACAUAAUGCAAGGUUCCACUGUAGUGAAGAAUGCCACCAUUCUGUAAGGACGAAGAUCACUUUCUUCCACUGUAAUCCUUCCAUUCCCACUGCAGUAUAUAGAUAUUUGCCUUUUGUAUUGGGAAAGGGAAUGUUCCUAAUUAGGGUUGAACUUCAAAAUUGCACACUCAAGUGUCUUGCUUUCCCUUAAUAUACUGGCCUUUUAGGAAGACCUUAGGAGGAAACAUGGCUUUCUGCUCUUAACUUUCUUUUAGCACUCCCAUAGGAGAAAACUGUCGUAAAAUGCUCCUGUUAUGAAUAUCUCUUCAAUAUCAGACAUUCCGAAAUUAUGCUAGCAGUAUGUGCCAUGAAACUUACAAUUACUAGAAGUCUGGGGUGGGAAGGGAAGUUGUACCAUGCCUGUUUUGGUUUUGUUCAGUAUAUUUGGUGUAAUGUACAAUUUAUAUAGAUUGCUAGUGCAUGUCCACUAAAUAUAAUCAGGUUUGUUUUUAUGUGAAAAAAAAUGCUUUUGUAUGGGCAAAUACCUGCAAAGAAACAAAUCUGCAUUGUGAUUUACCCUGUAAGCAGAUGAAGUGUCUGUAAAAUUCUGAAAGCUUAUCUACCUAGGGGAUGUGUGGUGGUCCCAGCUUAGUGUGGGAGAAUGUGAAUUUUUACUUCCAUGUUACAGUGAAUUCACUAAGUAUUUAUAUUUACUUUAAUACAUAAAGUAGCUGUUUUGAUCAA